AUGAAUUAUUCCACUGAAAUGGUGAUCUCAGAUCGCGACCAAGGCAGUAGUGGCUCGAAGACACUUCCUAGCUACAUGUUCGCCGCCAAUUGUUACCCAUCGGGAUCCCUCUUUGCCAUAGUGGAAACAACUCCCACUAUCAUAUAUUAUCUUAGUGGACGGGAUCCUCAUAUGUCGAGGCAAAAACCUAACAAUCAUGUCCGAAUAUAUAGAUAUGUUGUGCGAUAUAAAAUACUUUCUAGAGUUCUCAUGGGGAAAACCACGGCCUGUUACGGUUUUCCUUUAGCCUUGCAACUGCUUGCUUUUGAAGCUGUCCUUAUACUGCUUACUAAGAUUCCAGAACCAGAUAAUAUGACUACGUUUCUAUCCGAUCCAUAUGCUUUGGCAAUCACUAUAACCCUUAUGCAAAUGAACGAUGUCCUCGAUGUGGACUUGGACCCUAAGGGUUUGCUAUUUGAACUUCACUAUUUCAACUUUAUAAGGUUGGAUAUUUUCAAUGAUGAAGAAGAUUCAGAUGUUGGUUGGGAUGAUGAGGUGGCGGAUGACAAAGUAUCUUUCUUGUUGGAGCUUAAAAGAAGUGGUUAUCAAUUUAAGGAGUCUGAUUUCCCAAGCGGUGAUACCUCUAUACCACCUAUCUGA